CUCGAUGCACCGAUAGCCGAGCUGCUUCUAGGAGACGUUCCGUCUGUCUGGAGCGAACACCGUACACAGCCUAGACCAGUUCAAGCUGAUGUUUUCAAGGACAAGAGUCACGUGAUGUAUGAAGGCAAACACAUACACUUCUCGGAGGUGGACAAUAAGCCAUUGUGCUCAUAUAGCCCUAAGCUCUGCAAGCAGCGAAGACUCAAUGGCUAUGCCUUCUGUAUCCGGCACGUCCUGGAGGAUAAGACCGCCCCCUUCAAGCAAUGUGAAUAUGUGGCCAAGUACAACAGCCAACGAUGUACCAACCCCAUCCCCAAGGCAGAGGACCGCAGAUACUGCAACAGCCACCUGCAAGUCCUGGGCUUCAUCCCCAAGAAGGAGAGGAAGAAGAAGCACGAGGCGCUGGAGGACAUGCGCUCCCGGCCUCACCUGGAGUCGGUGGCCCUCAACAUCACGGUCCCCUCGCUCACUCUGAAGGUCCCCAACGGUGUCCUGGAGGAGCUCCCGGCCUCCCCGCCCUGCUCGCGCCUGCUGCCCCUCGCGGACGCCGAGCUCCUGGACCCCUUCGCCUUUUCCGAGGAGGACACCGACGCGGAGGGCAUGGGCGUUCCUCGGAGAAGUGCCUCGGUUCGCAAGAGACCGCCCAACCACCGACUGUUGCUCCAUCAGAAACUCCGCCAUGACACUGAGCUUUUCCCGCCGCCCCCAGAGCACUUUAGCCCCUCCUCCCGCGUCCACACGGCCCCCACCAACAGCCACCUCCCCCGCCAGCAUUCAGGACAUCAUCACCACCCUCAUCACCACGUUCAGCCGCAACCGCCGCCGCCGCCGCAGCAGCACGCCAACGUGCCGCCCUUUUUCCUACCAGGACAGCCGCAGGGUUUAUUAUGCAAUCCAGUACCACCUCAGACACCCAACUUUCUGCCUCCGGGGCUGCCCCCCCCCACCGCAGCGGCCAGCCCGACACAGAGCCCCGGGCCGUCCCUCGGUAGGAAGCCCCCCUUCACUGCCCCCCACCUGCCUAGCAGCUGCAAGGAGGGGCCGAGCGCCGCCCAGAGGCACGUGGUGGUCAUGCGGCCGGCGGGCUUCUCGCCGCCCCCGGCAUCCCUCAGCCGGCUGCAGCAUCUCGUGCAGCUCUGCGCCAAGCGACGGCAGGACCACGGAGACCUCUUCCCACAUCUAGGACUGGACUGGUCGGAGGACAGCGGCGAGGACGACGUGGAGCAGGAGGACGCCGACCUGGAGAGGGAUCGGCCGUUCCCCAGCUCCUGGAGACCGCAGGACGCGUUGGAGGAGACGGGGCGCUCCUCGCGGAGGACACGGCUGCUGAGGCUGUGCUCGUACCUCCAGGAGAAAUACAAGCACAUGUGCCGGCAGGAGAGGGCCUGCAUGCGCCAGAAGAGAUACCGCUACGCCUUCCGCAAAGCCCUCCUUCACGCAGCCAGCAAGGACCCCAACUGUGCUGGGCAGCUGAUCCAGGAGCUCCACAACUUCUCCAGCACUUCCACAAGUGCCGGUCCCGCGGGCCAGCCCCACACCGCAGAGUCAGGGCUCUGCAGCGGCAGCACCAAGGGCCUGGCCUGCUCGGGCAGCGCCCUGCCCUUCACCCGCCACUGCUUUCAGCACAUCCUGUUGAACCACUCUCAGCAGCUCUUCUCCAGCUGCACUGCCAAGUUUGCCGACGGCCAGCAGUGCUCCAUCCCGGUGUUCGACAUCACCCACCAGACCCCUCUCUGCGAGGAGCACGCCAAAAAGAUGGACAACUUCCUGCGCGGGGACGGCAACCGCCGAGUGCAGCACCAGCAGCAGCAGCAGCAACGCAAGCCCCGCAAGAAGACCAAGCCCCCGGCGCUCACCAAGAAACACAAGAAGAAGAGGAGGAGAGGCCCCCGCCGGCCCCAGAAGCCCAUUCCCCCGGCGCUGCCCCAGGGGAACCUGGGGAUGCCUUCCACCAGCCUCUCGCUGCCCUCCCAGGCCAGCAUCAGGAGCGCCUCUACCCCCGACCUGAGUGCAGACGAGCUGCCUGAUGACAUCACCAAUGAAAUAGCCGACAUUCCAAACGACCUGGAGCUGAACCAGGAGGACUUCUCGGACGUGCUGCCGCGGCUCCCCGACGACAUGCAGGUCUUUGACCUGUUUGAAGGGAAGAACGGGGAGCUGCUGCCCACCACGGAGGAGGCGGAGGAGCUGGUGCGGGCGCUGCAGGCCAUGGGCUCCUACCCCGAGUCCCUGGUGUGUCUGAGCUCCAUGGGGGACCUGGCCUCCUCCGACGGCGUGGACCACCGGGCCCUGGGGGGGUUCCCCGGGCCCCCGCCGCCCGGGGCCAUGGGCGACCUGCUGAACGGCCGCAUGCCCCCGGAGAGCUUCCCCGGCCUGGAGCUGGAGGCCAGCCUGCUGCAGGCGGGCGGCGCCCACCACCACCACCACCACCACUUCCCCCCGCCGCCGCCGCCGCCCUCCUCGCUGCCCUCGGCCCCGCCCCCCGGCGCCGGCGCCAGCCUGACCUCCGUGGCGGUGUCGUCGGCGGCGGCGGCGGGGGCGACCUCCAGCCCCGCCCUCCUCUCCCAGAGCUCUCUGACGGAGCGGACGUUCCCACGGACGCUCCCCCCCCAGGGCCACGCCUGCAAGCCGGCGCCGCCCCCCCCGCCCGCGGCGGCGGCGCCAGGGGGCAGCCACUACGGCGGCGAGCACGGGCCGUCGCCCUACAGUGACCACAUCUCCUCGCCCGGCGCCGCCGCCUUCCACGCCGACCCCCCGCUGCUGCUGGAGGCGCCGCUGGGCGGGGGGCCGUGCCCGCCGCGCCCCCCCUGGAACAGCCUCUCCAUCUCCAUGGGCGAGCCCUCGCCGUUCGGCCACCUGAGCUGCGUGGAGGGCCACCUCAUCUCCACCUCCCUGUCCACGCCGCCCGCCGCCGCCGCCGCCACGCAUUCAGUGACCCUCCAGCCCAUGGCGGCCCUCUCAGCGACACCCCCGCGCGGCCUGGCCGGCCUGACCGCCCCCCUCGGCCGCUCCCCCUCCCUCUCGCCGGCGGCGGGGGGGCACGACCUCCUGACCUCCACGCAGCCCAAGCAGCAGCUGCCUCAGUUCAGCGCGGCCUUCGGCCACCAGCUGGCCCCGCCCCCCAGCGGCCUCCCCAAGGACGUGCAGCCCAGCCACAGCUCCACCGCCCCCCCCGCCGGCUGCUCCCAGGCCAGCGCCGCCGGGGCUAGUGCCAACAGCGCCCCGCCCCCCUUCCCCCAGAGCAACUGAACACUGGCUGCCUGGCCGGGCCCCCCCCCACCUGAGGGAGGAGGACGUCCGCUCUCUGGCCCCCGUCUUCAUCUGCUCCAGGCGUCGUGGUAACGGUGCACAAUUGUUCUGAUUUAAAUUUGAUAUUGUUUUUUUUGCACAGCUUAUUUGACCCAUUAUUCUUCUUCUUUUUUUUUUAAAUCGGCAGCCACAUGCUUUCCCUUCAGGGAUGAGAGUCAGUUGGCGCUGAGGUCAGGCCCUGCAGCCCUGUGGUUUCACCAGCAGGGGGCAGCGUAGAGGAGUGGGUCUGUGAACACACGGGUGUGAAUGACCUUUAGAGAUUACUCCCAACUUAGUGAUAAACACAGCGCUUCGGAAUCCAUUCACUUAAACGCCUCAAUCAACGAUUUGUUUUCUUAUUCUCCGGUCAGCUCCUGUUCCAUAACGACGAACCAUAUCCUGCCUUGCUUCUCAUGUGAUCGUAUCUCACCCUGCUCUGUCAAACCCCCCCCCCCCGCUCUCUCAAACCCUCCUCAGUCCCCCCCUGGAAAGACGGAGUAUAGUUCGUAAUGUUUGUGACCCAUAACAAUUACCGCGACGUUCUAACCGGUAUCAUGAAAAUUCUGUCAAGCUUUCCCACGAACGGAAGAUUCACCAAGCUACUUUUAAACGGCUCUUUUUAUAUCGUGCGUGUGUAAAUAUAUAGCGGAUUCUUUUUAUCAGUUUGUCCGGACAGACUUUGACCUCACCAUAGGCCGUGGGUCUCCAUAUUGGUGGCCUCGUAAGAUGUGUGAGUAAAUCUGGUUUCCUAAAGCAAUAAAUCCAUGGUCAUACUCUCUAGUACCGUGAGGUGUAGUGUGGGUCUCCUCCUAAAUGUAGCAGGCCACUGUGGACCAGGACAACGUUUGGACCUAUAUUACUGUCGUAAGACCUUUCUCUCUCUCUCUCUCUCUCUCUCUCUCUCCGUCUUUUAAUGUCUGCUCAGCUUCUGAUGGACUAGAAUAGACCAAUCAGGUCUCUGCGUCUCCAGGGUCAUACCACAUAGAGGGCGAGCACCCAGCAGGGGGGGGGGGGGGGGGGGUUGUGCUAAUCGGGGUACACAUGGAAUCAUGCCAGUGUGGCGGGCGGGGCGGUAAAGUUUCAGCUGUGGACCCCCACUAAGAACAGCCCGGCCUACCUGAUCAGUGGAACACUGUUUACCGGUGGUGGGUGGAGGGGAAUGGGGACCCCCACGUCUGAGGAGAAGUGGGGGUCCCCGUUGAUAGAGGUGGGGGUCCCCGCAUGACGUGAGGACCAGGUGGCUUUAGGGGCAGCGAUGCAUGGUGACCCGAGCGGGUUCUUUCUUAAAAACAAAGUUUUAGCGAAGCGGGGGUCUUCUCGCCGGGGGUCCCGUCGGGUGAGCUCUCCUGCAGCAGUACCACCGCCGGGCGUCGUGGUUCUCCUCUUAAAUUAUUCAGACAUUGUUGAGUAUUAGGUCUGUUGAGUAGCAGUCUCUACAUCGGGGGUCCGUUGGUGAAUUAUUGAUCAGCGAUGGAUUGAAGUUGUUUGAAAAGUGGAACGUGUUUGGUGGAACGUGUCUUGUUAUUUAAUGGCUAUCAAAAUGUUGGUGCACUGUGGGUA